UUCUUUAGCUAAUUUUAAUUUAUUUUUAAUAAUGCUUCAAUCAAAACAUCAAAAUAAACAAUUACCUGUUGAAUUACUCUCUGAUAUAUUCAAAGCUACAGAUUAUUCAAUGAUGGAGAACUUGUCGGUAAACUGUUAUAAUACCAAAUCGGUGUGUUUAAAGUCAAUAAAAGAAUGUCAAAAAUUGUGGGGAAGACGUAUUAUUGCUUUGUUAACUUCUUCCUCAAUUGUUUAUUUUUUUAUUGGGAAGAAUUUUAAAGAAAAAUGGGUAAAAAUCGUUGAAUUGGAAAAAGUAAUUAAAGAAAUGGAGCGUUCGACACAAGAAAUCAUUGAAUUCGUUGAAGAUAAAAUGUCAAGAUUAAGAGAAAAGAUGGCUAGACUCGAUGAAAAUACAAAACUGUUAGAAGAAAAGACAACAAAAAUAAUGAAGCGAUUAAAAGAGAAGGAAGAAGAUGAGGAGGAUGCCCCAAUUGCAAAACGAACUCGUUCACAUUCACCGAAAAAUAAGAAAUGA